AUGUACAAGUCCAAGCACGCCGCAGAUCUCCCUCCGACGGCGUCCACAUUUGCGGCUAAGGGAACAACUUGCCCAAACGUAGCAAAUAUUGGUGGGGGCUUGGAGAGGAAGCCAGUCACUGACAAGAGCCACUCCUCCUUCGGCAAGCCCAAGGGGCAUUAUUGUGACGACCCAGGCAGCUUCUUGAAAAAGAGUGAGAAGACGGGGGGCAAGGUGCUAUCCUUGAAGGAGAUGAAGAAAGAACAUCCUGAAGCCUUGCUUCCCAAGCAGCUGAAAGAACAAACUAGAGGUGGCGUUCCUAAAGCCUCUGAACAGCCAGUAAUGAACCUGGUGACGAGCAAGAACUUCAUUGUAGCCAACGCCGUGGAGGUAAUCCUGGCCGCUCCGAAGAAGGUACCGGAGGGCACGAAGGACUAUCUCAAAAAGGAAGACUACGGCAAGGUGCCCAAGUAUCUGCAAAACAUCAAGCAGGACAUCGAGGCAGAGUAUCAGUACAUCAGGGCUCUCCAGGAGCAACAGGCGCAGGCGGAGGCUGAACGUGUCCGGCCGAUGACAGAGGAUGAACGGCAAAGUCUUCUUGAGGGCCUAAAAGCCAAGUGGGAGCAGGUGAACACGGCCUAUCAGGGUGGCACUCAUGUGACCAACUUGGAUACCAUGGGCAAGCUGAAGCGAAAGGAAAAGCAUGAGGCUGAGUUAUCUCAGCUCGAAAAGGAUAUCGAGUCUCAGAGGAAGCCUGAGUGCGUGCACAGCCUGUCCUCGAAUGCGGAGAAGCGAGAUGCAGCGCAGUGCCUCAAGUGUCUUGUGCUUGGCCAGGUGUCCCGGCAGUGUUUGGUGCACACCCGCCACGGUGAUGAUUGGAACAAGGUCUACCUGAAGGGGGCCAAGCUCGGUGAGGGCUCCUACGGUGAAGUUUUCCUGGCCUUGCAUGCCUCUUUGGGCGUAGCCCGCGUGGUGAAGUCAGUGCCCAAAAGCCAGCUGAGCGUUGCCGGCGAACAAGUGGAGGAUGAGGUGAACAUGUUGAAGUCUUUGGAUCAUCCGCACAUUGUGCGCGUUUUCGAGGCGUUCGAGAGCGAGGAGAGCCUGCACAUCGUGAUGGAUUAUGCUGAAGGUGGUGACCUUGCCUCUGUCAUCAGGGAAACCGUGGACACCGAGACUUUGCUCCCUCAGCCGUGGAUACGCGAGACAGCAGUCCAGGUGGCAUCAGCGUUGGACUACAUGCACUCUCGCGGUGUCAUCCACUGUGAUCUAAAACCUGGCAACGCCAUGCUCUUGACUCCUUUCAACAUGGAGGAUGCAAUCAAUGGCUCGCGCCCGCACGUGCUGCUAGUGGAUUUUGGGCUGGCAGAGAUUUUUGAUGAGCAGGCCGCAUUAGGUGGACCUGCGACUGUCAAGGGGAGUCCAGCUUACCUCUCACCUGAAGGGUUUGACGGCAAGCUUACGCAAAAAAGUGACACUUGGGCCUUGGGCGUGAUGCUGUACGAGAUGCUCGUGGGUGCCAGACCAUUUCGAGGAACCAACAAUAUUUUUGUUUUAUAUUGUCAGGUUGCGAACAAUGAGCCCACGUUUGAGAAAGUUCCAGAAGUUCCGCGGUCUCUUGUGCGGGCGUUGAUGGAGAAGAACCCACAAGCCCGGAUUUCGGCCAGGCAAUGCUUCGACCACGAAUGGCUGCGUUCGAGUCUUGACCAGCUGGAUGCGCACUUGCAGAUGCCAGACUCACUGGGACGACCGACAAGCUAUUUCUACAGAGCCGUAACUUUCUGCAUGGCUGCGGCGCUUGGCAUGAAAGACCUCAGCCGGGACACGCAACUCUUUGAAACUUUCGACACGGACAAGUCAGGCCAACUAGACACAGAAGAGCUGAAAGCGGGUUUGGCAAGGCUGGGGCUGCGGCAGGACCCCAGUGGUCUCAUGGCAGCCAUGGACCUGGAUCAGGAUGGCCAAAUAUCGUACACGGAGUUUUUGGCGGCUACGCUUUGCCUAGAUGAGGAGCGUGGGGAGCGAUUGAUGCGAUAUGCGUUCAGCACUUUUGAUCUGGACGAUGAUGGCUACAUAUCCAUGCCUGAGCUCAGACAGCUCCUUUCAGGUGAGGGUGCUCUGGUGGCAGAUGUCCUUCCCGAUGGGCAGACAGUGGAUGAGGUGAUGGAGGAAGUCUCUGGUGGCGAGGGCGAAAUCUCGUACUCUAGAUUUCGGGCGUAUCUGACUCGAAGUUAUCGAAGCGCUGACCGGCCGGUCUCUGCUACAGCUCGCGGACUGGUUAGACACCGUACCAAGGAGCUGGAUGUCGAAGAAGGUAGCGAAGGCGCAGGAGACACUGAGAUGGUGGAGCCUGAGGAUGCUUCGGACCUGAUUAACCGCCUUGACGAUCUAGAGGAGGCAGAGGUGGAGGAUGACUCCGGGCCGGAAGAGGGACCCGGUCGAACAAUGAUGCGCCAAACCACGACAGGGCAGCUGGAAAACUCUAGCGAGGAGCUCAUGGGCUUCCAUCAAUGGUUGGACGACCUCUUCCAGGACCAACGACGUGAUGCCCGGCUGACCUUCUUGCUCCGCUUCCGCGACCCGCGUGUUGAGGCGGCGUACGUCUCGUACUAUCUGCCAGCAACGCUUCGCCAAGCACAAGUUUACGCUUUGCCGGUUGCAGCCUAUGCUAUCUGGGCGGUGACUACAGAGCACUUUCACUGGCAACCGUCCCUCCUGCGCUGGACGUCAACUGUGCAAGCAGUCAACAACCUGGCCUGGUUGGUUAUCUUCGUUGGGGCUUUCCUCAUGUUUACAGCGAUAGCUCUCUGGCUGUGGAAGAGGCGCCAGAAGGGCGAGUUGCUGAGGGCAAAAGGCAGACAGCUGUCUGGUAAGGCCAAGAAGCAGCUGGUGCAGGCUGAGUCGGAGUUUGACGCUCAGGCCGUCGUCGCAGAGCACAUGCUGUGCGCAUGGACAGUGGUUACUCCCUGGGUGGCCUGCUUCUUUGCCAAUCGGAGGCGACUCGCUGCUCUCUGGGGAAUGAAAGCACUGGAUGUGUUCGCUGCAGUGAGCAAUGACUAUGAGGUCAUCCUGACAAUGUUAGGGACAUUGAUGUUCUUCUCCAUGCGGACGAACCUGUCCUUUGCGCAUGCGCUCCCUAUGGCCUUGUCAUGUUUUCUGGCCUAUGGCAGCAGCUCUAUUGUCCUGCAAUCUACCGUGGAGGCAGACCAGAAUGAUUUCAACUGGGGCUGGACUGGGGUACUUCUGGCUAUUUCGUCGGCUCUUUGCUUGUCCGGGCACCGGAACCUAGAGUACCAGCGCAGGCUAUCCUUCCUUUCUCUGUAUGCAUCCUUUGCAGUGCUGAAGGAUAUUGAGGUGGACGAUCCAGCCACCUUCGUAGACUAUAUGGCCUUCGAGAGAAGGGCAUCCAGCGACGCGCAAAACGAAACUCCUGCAUCUGGAGCUGUUCCACUUGGCAUGAGAGAGACGAGACUAGCGCGACUGAAGCGGGGCCAAGAGCUGCUAAGAAGGCUGAGCUCAAGCCCUGGAAUGGGCAACCAAGCUUUCCGGAAUGCACUGGUGGGGCUUCUUGACAUCCUGUCAUCUGCCCGGGAAGAUCUGGCGCAGGCAGAUCGCCUGUUGAAGCCAGAUGUCGGUGAGCAGCUCCAGAAGCAGGCUAUCCAAGGCGAGGCCCAGCAAAAACUGCUUGACCUGUUCGACGACUUGCCACCAGUCCCGCGGCUCCCACGGGAGGUUGAUAAAUUGCUUGACACCGAAGGGGCAUUGAAUGGCAGCGAGGAAAGAGAGAAGGAGCAGAAGAUGGAGGCGCAGCGAGCUUGCACCUGA